CUGAACUUAGGUGUGUUUGUAGCUCCCAGAAACUAGAUUCGCCCGCCAAGUGCUCGAGUAAAUUCGUGAGAGAGCUUCUGCAGCGCGGCUAUCACACUUGAAGAAAGAAAGAAACAACCAGAUCUUUUUCUUAACGUCUCCGGCGCUAAUACUUGAGAUGGAGGAGUUGUGGAAGAACCAAAUGUUUGCAACCCACGCCGUCGCCGGCGUAGCGUCCGUGACAUUGGGCACAGCUCUCAGUUACCCUCUUGAUACCGUCAAAGUCCUUACCCAGGUUGGUUCAGAUUCCAGUAAACAGUUUACUGCUGCUCAGAUUUUAGACAGAGUUCGAUCUUUAUCUGGAAAUUCAGGUUUAUACAGUGGUUUUGGCUGGUUGGCUUUGGGGAGAGUUUUUGGUGUUGGAGCUCGCUUUGGGAUCUAUGAAAUAUUGACAGCUUUUUAUAAAGAUGGGCGAGAAGACAAUUUUGUCUCUGUCUCUGAGGCCCUUAUGGCAGGGAUUGCAGCUGGUGCCACAGAAUCACUCAUAAGCUCUCCAUUUGAACUUUUUAAACUCCGUGAGCAGGUCAAAUCUGCUUCUCGCAUUCCAAGUUCUUCCUCUGUUACAGAAAAGAGAGCUGUUGCACCUGUGAUUGCAAAAUUGCUACAUGGAUAUUCUCCAGACAAGAAGGCAUUUAAUGGUUCUAUUGGUCUUUUGUCCACCCUAGCAACCAAACAUCCUAAUAUGAUGAGCGCUUUACAAGAGUACCCAUGGAUGAUUACUGGGUCUGGAAGGCCACCAUCUGUCUGUGACAUGAGGAGGCCAUCAGAUAUCAUCUCUUUGGAAGGAUGGGGUGCAUUAUGGAGAGGUAUUCGGCCAGGAGUUGUUCGAGAUUCUGUUUUUGGUGGCAUAUUCUUCUCUAGCUGGCAAUUUCUUCACCGAGCGAUGCUUGACUGGAAAGCGGUUGGGAUGGAUCCUCCACCUAGGUCAGAUGAAGAAAUUGGGCCUCUGUCUCCUUUAGCUGUUAGUCUUGCAGCUGGAUUUUCUGGUAGUGUAGCUGCUGCAGCUUCUCAUUGUUUUGACACUGCAAAAAGUCGAUCACAAUGUACUGUGCUGCCCAAGUAUAUAUCUAUGGAGAGGCAGCUUCUGAAAUGGAGACGGCCAGGGAAUAGGUUUGAGAGAGCUACAGGGAUUCAUCCUGCAGACAGGAAUCUCUUGUUCCGUGGAAUUUGGUUGCGUAUGGCACGUAGUGGGUUGGCGUCAUUCACGAUUGUGGGGAGUUACUUCUUAUGUGUUGAUUAUCUUGUUUGAAUGGUAAAUAAUAUGGCAGCAUAGAACUGGUGAUCAUCUUUUUCACAGGUGAUUGAUUUGGCAAAGAAUGCUUUAUCAACAAAAGAAAUAAAAAGAAGAGAGAGAGAGACAGAGAGAUUUUGAUUUGGGCAAUUAUUCAUUCAGUAGCGUUGUGCAUUACUCGUUUUUAUGCAUAUAUAUAGCUUAUGCGCUUA